CACUGCAAGUGACAGAAUGGGGAGGGUUCUGUCUCUCCUGCGUGCUUGGAGAGCUGGGGGGCUAUAAAAAGAGGAGGCACUGGGCAGCUGGGAGACAGGGACAGACGUAGGCCAAGAAACGGGAACCAGAGAGGAACCAGAGGGGAGAGACAGAGCAGCAAGCAGUGGAUUGCUCCUUGACGACGCCAGCAUGAGCUCCUUCUCCACCACCACCGUGAGCUUCCUCCUUUUACUGGCAUUCCAGCUCCUAGGUCAGACCAGAGCUAAUCCCAUGUACAAUGCCGUGUCCAAUGCAGACCUGAUGGAUUUCAAGAAUUUGCUGGACCAUUUGGAAGAAAAGAUGCCUUUAGAAGAUGAGGUCGUGCCCCCACAAGUGCUCAGUGAGCAGAAUGAAGAAGUGGGGGCUGCUCUCAGCACCCUCCCUGAGGUGCCUCCCUGGACCGGGGAAGUCAGUGCAGCCCAGAGAGAUGGAGGUGCCCUCGGGCGGGGCCCCUGGGACUCCUCUGAUCGAUCUGCCCUCCUAAAAAGCAAGCUGAGGGCGCUGCUCACUGCCCCUCGGAGCCUGCGGAGAUCCAGCUGCUUCGGGGGCAGGAUGGACAGGAUUGGAGCCCAGAGCGGACUGGGCUGUAACAGCUUCCGGUACCGAAGAUAACAGCCAGGGAGGACAAGCAGGGCUGGGCCUAGGGACAGACUGCAAGAGGCUCCU